AUGCCUCCGGGUGACAUUGGCGAAACUGAAGACGUUGAUGAGGCGAAGAUUCCAAGUACUUUGGCGCCCACAAUGUCUAUCGGCGAAGAUCCGUCGCUCAUCAUCAAUCCUCGUGGCCUGUCUAGCAGCCAGAAACAACAAUAUGUCACUCUGGAACUUCCGGUGUCUAGUAAUCCGGAGCGACAGAGGGACCAUGACGGCGUAUUACCUCAGCUCCCACCGCAAUCGAGCGCCCAAUCUCAGCGCCAAAAAACACCCUCAAAGAGGUCGACUCCGUCGAAGUCAAGGACGACGAAGCAGCGACGUGGCAAAUCUCAACCCGGAGGGGACAUUGCGGCAUCUAUCCAGCUCGGCACGCCCGAGCAGACGCAGGAAAAACAAUCUACAAAGGUCCUUCUCGAUAGCGAUGAAGAAGGAUACGAACUCAAUGGAACUCGAGCAGUAAAGGAAACCGAAGUAGAGGACGACAUUUAUGAGAUACAGCCUUCGCCGGUGAAACCUGCCAAGAAGAAGAGAGGGAGGCCGAAAAAAGCGGGGAAGGAAACACAAGAAGCUGCGGUUACGCAUUCGGAAACGACAGAGGGAAACAAGCCGGGGGAGGCGGCCAGAAAAAGAGGGCGGCCGAAGAAGUCGGAACCUGUCGUGGUGGAAGAAGCAGAGCAGGUCGCUGGAGUCAAUUUAGACGAAGCCCCGGCCCAAGUAGCGGAGGAGGAUGAGACCAAGGACGAAGCAAGGGAUACGACCGACGUCAACCUGGAAGAUGUAACAGUACCUCAGCAUGUCAAAGUCGACAAUGAAAAGGCCCUCGAGGACCCUUCAGUUGCUGCCAAGCAGACGCCGCAAAAGCGGGCUGGCAAGGGAACGGCAACACCACAAACGAGCAGUGCAAGCAAGCCACUAUACCGAAUAGGAUUGAGCAAGCGAUCUAGGAUUGCGCCGUUGCUCAAAUCGCUACCGAAAUGA